AUGAGGGCCACUCAAUCACUCGGCGCAAAGAUCCGGCGUCUGAAGCUUCAGACGAAGAACACGAAUAAGGGGUUCUACAAGGGAACGGGGACGGGCUCGACUGGUUCGCAUACGAAGCACGGAGGAUACCUUAUCGACUGGGACAAAGUUAGGACAUAUGUUGCGCCAAAGGACCUGGCGGACUUCAAGCUUAAGCCGUUUGUGACGAUGAAAAUCCAGCCAACAAGGGGAUAUUUUGAAGGAGAUCCUAAAGGAGCGUUCAGUGGGAAACUCUAUCUUGAGAAGUGGAAGAAAGAGAAUGGCGAGGAUUGA